UUUUAAGUUCCCGUUACACAAACAUCACAUGCGACGAUAACUGAUAAGUUGAAUUGAUUUGAACAUAUUGUAUUGUCUAGAUGCGAGGAUCCUUGUAGUUGUAGAAGCCCAAGAAGGAAGGAAUUAUGGAGACAGGACUGAUAGAGUGUAAAGAAGUUAUACUUUUUGCAGAAUAUAAACAGACAAUGGGAUAUUUAAACAUUCAUCUUUAUUCUCAAAGGUUUUCAGAUAAGAUGUCUUGUGAAAAUUCAAUACACGUGGAAGGUAACAGAAUUUCUAUCGAAGAUGUUGUGUCCAGUGUGACUUUUGAAUUUAAAGACUUAAAGUUUGACCCAUCUACGUGCAGAACUUUACAGUACACUGGACAAGGGUCUGUGACGUUUACGUUGCAAGUGGAGAAACCCCCUAGUGAGAUUUUGUCUGUUUCACUAAGAAAUAAUGACCAGCAAGAACAUUUUGUCAAAGAAAUAAAAGCAAAUCAGAAUAGAUGUUACUGUAAAUUUUGCGGACAGAAGAUUCUGAAAGAUACAUGUCACUUUUUACGGGUCUUACCACUUCCAUCCGAGAAUUGGUCCGAUUUUUCGGACAUGUGGUUUUGUCAUGAUCAUAGCCAUGCGUCAAAUGAAGAAAGCCACGUGACUGAUCAGAAAUCCGCUGAAUUAAGACCAAAGUUGAAGGACUGUUUUGUCGCGGAGUCCUACUUUACUGUCUUGUUUGAACAGAUUAAGGAAGAAAGUGUUAUGAUUUUACGAGAUCACUGCAUCAGAUGUAGUCGAUGUAGAAAUUUACUUGGUGAGGUACAUCCGGAAAAAAAUGCAGGCGUGUCAAAAGGUGGAAAAGUGAUCAAGUUGCUAAGAACUUCUGCGCAUUUCAUAACGGAAUAUAACGCACCAACCACUUCAAAGAAAAUGGUAUUAAAUAGAGGCGAUGAAGCUGAGGAUAUGUUUGCUGGACUCCUUAUGGAACACAGUAAACUGUAUACGAGUUUUAGAUUGUAUAUAACUACCUCGACAGAAGGAAAGACGUUUGAUUGCUUAAUAUGGAUUAUAGACCCGAAAUUGUGGAUAUUUAAAGGAAAUGCUGAUUCCGGUUCCGAGAAUCUGACCGCCAUCGAUGUUGUCAAAGUUUUAUUCAGAGCUUUGCUGCCUUCAGGAGAAAAACAUAAGGAGGAAGAGGAGGAACGGAAUGACUGGAAGAAAGACAACUCUAUUCAUACCAUCUCUCUUCCUUACUCGAGUUGCUUAACGCUGCUAAAAAUACUGAUCGAGAAUUCCAAAUGUUUGCCUUCAAAAUGCAGAAAACAUGACAAGUUUCAUGUAGGCUAUUUGAAAUAUCUCCCGAGCGUGACCAAUGUGAAGACUUUGGAUACAUUUUGCAGAGAAUAAUGUUCAUCAACAUGGAUAUUCAGGGCUAUUCCUUCAUGGCUGAAACAAAAAGACUACAUGGAUACAGAUGGAUACAAAAUUGGAGUUAUAAAGAAAAGAAAAACAAAAACAAAUUACUUUUCGUAAAAUAUCUUCUAGUUUUGGUUUGAAACAAUGCAAUAUCAAUGUCAAAAAUGGAAGAAUAUUAAAAAUCAGUUUUACAUACAUACCUAAUC